GACUUCACGCACGGCCUCAGAUAUUCUCUCUCUCAUGAUAUCAUUCAUUCAUGAUGCGAGUGAAUACUACUUGCUGCACAUGACAACACCCAGCCAGCCCCAGCUCCAGCGCCAGCCUAUCCAUCCAUCCUCAGUUACAAAAGGCACCGUUUCUGCUCUCAUCUUCUUCCCUUCAACAUUUGCUUGCUUGAUUUAUUCCCCGGGCUUCAUUUUCCACCGCACACACCAGGAUUGAGGCCAGGCAAGUACCUAUCUGCAUGCUACGAUGGUCCUGGGUCUGAAGGCCAAGACCAGGAAAUGUCCUUCAGUUCAGCUUGAUUACAUUAUUCAUAUUCAGGAGAUCAAGCCAUGGCCACCAUCGCAGUCUCUGAGAAAUCUUCGUGCUGUUCUCAUACAGUGGGAGCAUGGAGAGAAGACUUCUGGGCUAACCAAUCAAGUUGUGCCUUCACUAGGGACAGGAUCUGGCGUUGGUGAUGGGAGAAUUGAAUUCAAUGAAUCUUUUAGGCUUCCAGUUACUCUGAUGCGGGAGAUGCCCACUAAGGGAGGGAAUGGAGACGCUUUCCAGAAGAACUGCAUUGAGUUUAAUCUUUAUGAACCAAGGCGUGACAAGGUUAAAGCUCAGCUGCUGGGAACUGCUGUUCUGAACUUGUCAGAUUACGGAGUUGUAAAAGAGAAUUUGAGCGUCAGUGCUCCCAUUAACUGCAAGCGGACUUACAGGAACACCACACAACCAUUUGUCUUCCUUAAAAUCCAGCCUGUUGAGAAAAGUCGCACAAGCUCAUCUUCAAGGGAUAGUUUGAUGCAGGAACCUUCCAUGCACCAAAACCAUGGUGAAUCUGUUUCUGCAUUAAUGAGUGAAGAAUAUGCAGAAGAAGCUGAAUUUACCACAGAUGAUGAUGUUUCCUCUCACUCAUCACUGGCUGUUACUUCUUCAGCAGCCGACACAAAUGGCAGUUUAUCACCUCUUAAGGAGAAUGAGGCUGUUGCCGUGAAUGGUAGUGCUGAAGGUCCAAAAGUUGGCCAUAAACCAGACGCAAAUACCAUACCGGAUGUGGAAAAUGAAUCCCAUGUAGAUUCGGGAAGAAAUUCUUCUCGUUCCUCGUCAGUUGAUUUGUCUUCUGAUAUUGCAUGGAUAUCUAGAAGAAUUAUUUCUUCAAGCUUACAGUCCACUGCAUUGGAAGAGACUGAGAAACACCAAAAGUCAAGCGUGCAAAGCAAUGAACAAAGACAAAAGACACACGUAAUACAGGAAAAUAUUGUAAAUGGCGGGAGAGAAGCUGAACUUGAGCUUUGUCCUGAGCGAAGGAUGCCCCACAGUCCUAUUAACCAAGAAACUAUUGCAGAGGCAGAUCACCUGACAGAUCCACCCUUGGAUUCUGGGUUUAGCUGCUUGAAAGAUGACAAGAAUGCUACAUCUGCUAGUGGUGGUAAACCACUCGUGAAUGGAGGAACAAACCCUCAACAAAAUGGUUUAAUAGAUUCUGAGACCAGAAAGGCACAUGGAAAACAUGCAGAAGAAGAUAGGUUUGCGGAAGAGGAAGAGCAAAAAGAUGAAACAGAGCCAUUGUGUCAAUUUUCCCAAGUCAGUAUCCAAAAGGGUGCUGAUUUGGGAAAUGGUUUGCCUUCUACUACAGAGGGAAGCAUUGCAAUUCAUAGUGGUUCCAAUAUUGACAAGUCAAAGCAUGGGAAGUCAGUUAGAUCAUCAGCAGACUCAGGCAGGAGCAAUGGAUCAACUAGAAGCAAUCAUCCUUUUCCAACAGACACUCUUCGAGGUUCAUCGAUCAGCGAACACAGCGAUGCUAAGGCAUAUAGAAAGGAAACACGAAACCUUAUUUCUGAUGGUAAAACCCAACAUUUGGAGAAUAAAAUUAAACUCCUAGAGGGAGAGUUGAGGGAAGCAGCUGCUAUUGAGAUCAGUCUUUACUCUGUGGUUGCGGAGCAUGGAAGUUCCUUGACCAAAGUCCAUGCUCCAGCUCGUCGCCUCUCAAGACUGUAUUUUCACACCAUCAAACAAAAUCCAAAAUUAGGGAGACGAACUGCUGCUAAGAGCAUAGUCUCUGGAUUAGUUUUAGCUGCAAAAGCAUGUGGCAAUGAUGUUCCAAGAUUAACUUUCUGGAUGUCAAAUUUCAUAGCACUGAGAGUGAUUGUGAACAAAUCAAUUGAGGGGUUUGGGUUGACUGCAACUGUUGGAUCCAAUGCUGGAAAAAUGGACUGCAAAGAUGUCAAGCAUAAAUCUUCAUCGCUUAAAUGGGAGUCAUUCUCUAGUAAGAUUACAAGAGGUGUUAUUCGAGAUAGUUUGGGUGAUUGGGAAAGCCCUGAAACAGUUAUAGUUGCACUGGAAAAGGUUGAAGCAUGGAUAUUUUCCCGAGUAGUUGAGUCUCUAUGGUGGCAGAGUUUUACCCCUCACAUGCAAUCUGGUGUUGCCACGCAUUCAAUUGACCAGCAGCAGGGAAGCUUUUCUCUGGAACACUGGAGAAAGGCUUUCAGGGAUGCAUGCGAAAGGAUAUGCCCUGUUCGAGCUGGAGGACAUGAUUGUGGUUGUUUGCCUGUGAUGUCCAAACUGAUAAUGGAGCAACUGAUUGCGCGGUUGGAUGUGGCUAUGUUUAAUGCCAUACUUCGAGAAUCAGCUGAUGAAAUCCCAACAGAUCCUGUAGCAGAUCCAAUUAGUGAUGCUAAGGUUCUUCCCAUUCAAACGGGAAAAGCUAGUUUUGGUGCUGGUGCACAACUUAAAAAUGCGAUUGGAAAUUGGUCCCGAUGGCUUACAGAUCUCUUUGGAAUUGAUGAGUGUGAUGAUGAAAUGCUUGAAAAUGAGAAUCGCUCUGAAUCUACUGCUGCUGAAGAGCCAAGAUCAAAUGAUACAUCACCAAAGCCUUUCCAUCUUCUCAACGCUCUGAGUGAUCUCAUGAUGCUUCCAAAGGACAUGCUUUUGAGUCGUACAAUUAGAAAAGAGGUAUGUCCGACAUUUGGUCCAACAAUCAUAAGAAGGGUUCUUAGCUUUUUCAGCCCGGAUGAGUUUUGCCCUGACCCAAUUCCUCAAGUAGUGCUCGAAGCCUUAAAUUCAGAGGAUCCUUUUGAUCCCCAAGAAGACUGCAUCAUGAGCUUCCCAUGUGCGGCUACACCUAUUGUAUAUCAGGCAUCACCAGCAUCAGCUCAAUCUGUUGCUUGUAUCUUUGGAGUUGGCAGGCACGGAUCCUCAGUGCUGAAGAAAUCACAGACAAGUGAUGAUGAACUAGAUGAAUUGGAUUCACCCCUGAAAGGCAUCAUCUCCGAUAGCUCCCGCUCCCAGUCAUCAUCACCUUCUUCAGUGAGGCUGAGUUGGACGUCCAAAGAGAAUGAUAAACAGCGCAGUAAUGUCAGGUAUAAACUCCUCAAGGAGGUCUGGAAUGAGUAGCCAAUUGUAAGGUAAAGGGCCUGGGACGCUGAUGCCAAUGUAUUAUAUUAUAUAUAUAUAUGUACGUACGUAUUAGGGUUAGGGGUUGCUUGCUAUAUAUACAUAUCUAUUGUUUUAUUUUCAUUCUUCUCACUCUGCACACUUGGUUGAGAAUGCCAUUGUAAGGUAAAGCUUAGCUAUUAG